AUGACAAUCCCAGUGAUUGAUCUCAGUCCUCUGUGGAAUUCACCUUCAGAUGGCCUAUCAAAAGUCGCACAAGCAUUUACUUGUGCGUUUCAAGAAAUGGGCUGUGCUUAUAUCACCAACCACCGUGUGCCACAAUCAGUCAUCGACGAAGCCUUUGCUCAAAAUCGCCGUUUUCAUGCAUUGCCUUUAGAAGAAAAGAAUAAAAUUCGUUUGAAUCAAUGGCAGAGAGGAUAUUUUCCAUUAGCAUCCUAUCAACUCAAAUCUGAAACGUCUAAAGACGUACUGGUAGAAGACGUAAAAGAUAGCGUCAAAGCUCCCGACCAAAACGAAUCAUUCGUUAUGGGUCACGAACAUUUAGAAGGACCACCUGAUCUAAAAGAAGAAGACUUAUUUAAUCGAUAUUUGCAAGGUCCUAAUCAAUGGCCUCAUGGUAUGCCGGAUUUCCGUGAAGCUACAUUGACCUAUUAUCAUGCAUUGAAAAAAUUGGCUCUAGAAUUAACCAAAGUUUUUUUUGCGGCAAGUGAGACUGAUUUUAAUCGAUUUGCUCCACAUUUUCAACAACCAUCGAUUGAACAAUACAUGCUGCAUUAUCCACCGCAGCCAUUACCAGUGCCAGAAGGUGUCUUUGGUAUUGCAGCACAUUGUGAUGUUGGUUUUAUUACUAUUUUAUCUCAAGAUGAUGUAGAUGCUUUGGAAAUCAAAACACCGAGUGGAGAGUGGAUCACAGCCUCGAAUAUGAUCACAUCAAACGGUGAAUCUGCUUUUCUGAUUAAUCUUGGUAAUAUCGCUUCAAUGUGGACAAAUGGUUGUUUGCGAGCAAUUCCUCAUCGUGUUAUUAAUCGUUCUAGUCGUCAUCGCUAUUCUAUCGCCUUUUUCUGGCGUCCGCAAUUGGAUUUAGUCAUUGAUACUCGCGACUUGGGAACGCGUUGGUGUCCUGCUGACAAAAAGCCUAACUAUGAGCCACAUAUUAUUGGUCAAUACUUGCAAAAUGUAUACUCUCAUGCUUAUACUGAACUAUAUGCUACAAUUGAUGGUGCUAGUGGCAAAAACAAUCAUAAUCUAAAAAAAGAUUGA